AUGGAGACGAGUCGCGAGAUGCGCCUGGCUCACAUCUGCUGCUGCUGCCUCCUUUACCAGCUGGGGUUCCUAUCGAAUGGGAUCGUGUCAGGGUUGCAGCUUGCCCCCGACCUCGGGGAGUGGGAAGUCGUGUUUCCUGCACUCUGGCGCCGGGAACCCGUGGACGCGGCCAGCGGCAGCGGGGGCAGCGUGGACCCGAGCUGGGUGCGCGGCACGGGGGGCGGCGGCGGCGCCCGGGCGCAGUUGGCUGGGAGCUCCCGCGAGGUGCGUUCUGUGGCUCCCGCGCCGCUGGAGGAGCCGGCCGAGGGCCAGUCCGAGUCCGGGUCCCGGCCUCCGGCGCCACCAGGAGUUGAGGAGGACGAGGAACUUGAAUCGCAGGAGCUGCCACGGGGAUCCAGCGGUGCUGCCGCCUUGACCCCGGGCGCCCCGGCCUCGUGGCAGCCGCCGCCGCCUCCGCAACCGCCCCCGACCCCGCCCGCGGCCCAGCAAGCCGAACCGGAUGGCGAAGAGGUGUUGCUGAGGAUCCCGGCCUCCUCCCGGGACCUGUACCUGCUGCUCCGAAGAGACGGCAGAUUCUUGGCGCAGCGCUUCGCCGUGGAACAGCGGCCAAGUCCAGGCCCAGGCCCCGGCCCCACCCGGGCAGCAGCCGCCCUGCGCCCUCCCGUGCCGCCCGACGCCGCCUGCUUCUACUCCGGGGCCGUGCUGCGGCACCCCGGCUCGCUGGCCUCUUUCAGCACCUGUGGAGGUGGCCUGAUGGGAUUUAUACAGCUCAAUGAAGACUUCAUAUUUAUUGAGCCACUCAAUGAUACAAUGGCCAUAACGGGUCACCCACACCGCUUAUACAGGCAGAAAAGGUCCAUGGAAGAAAGAGCCACAGAGAAGUCAGCUCUUGGCAAUCCUUACUGCGGAGUCAUUUCAGAUAAAGGAAGGCCUAGGUCUAAAAAAAUAGAAAGUGGAAGAGGGAAACGGUAUUCAUACAAAUUACCUCAAGAAUACAACAUAGAGACUGUAGUGGUUGCAGACCCAACAAUGGUUUCCUAUCAUGGAGCAGAUGCAGCCAGGAGAUUCAUUCUAACCAUCUUAAAUAUGGUUUUUAACCUUUUCCAACACAAAAGUCUUGGUGUGCAGGUCAAUCUUCGUGUGAUAAAGCUCAUUCUGCUUCAUGAAACGCCAGCAGACCUGUAUAUUGGCCAUCAUGGGGAGAAAAUGCUAGAGAGUUUUUGUAAGUGGCAACAUGAAGAAUUUGGCAAAAAGAAUGAGAUACAUUUAGAGAUGUCGACAAGCUGGGGAGAAGACAUGACUUCGGUGGAUGCGGCUAUACUUAUCACAAGGAAAGAUUUCUGUGUACACAAAGAUGAACCAUGUGAUACUGUUGGUAUAGCUUACUUGAAUGGAAUGUGUAGUGAAAAGAGAAAAUGUAUAAUUGCUGAAGACAAUGGCCUGAAUCUUGCAUUUACAAUUGCUCACGAAAUGGGUCACAACAUGGGCAUUAAUCAUGACAAUGACCACCCAUCGUGUGCUGAUGGUCUUCAUAUCAUGUCUGGUGAGUGGAUUAAAGGACAAAAUCUUGGUGAUGUUUCAUGGUCUGGAUGCAGCAAGGAAGACUUGGAAAGAUUUCUCAGGUCAAAGGCCAGUAACUGCUUGCUGCAGACAAAUCCCCAGAGUAUCAAUUCUGUGAUGGUUCCCUCCACACUGCCGGGCAUGACCUACACUGCAGACGAGCAAUGUCAGAUUCUCUUUGGGCCCUUAGCAUCCUUUUGUCAAGAGAUGCAGCAUGUUAUUUGCACGGGAUUAUGGUGCAAGGUAGAAGGUGAGGAGGAAUGCAGAACCAAGCUGGAUCCACCAAUGGAUGGAACUGACUGUGACCCCGGUAAGUGGUGUAAGGCUGGAGAGUGUACCAGCAGGACCUCAGCACCUGAGCAUCGGGCUGGAGAGUGGAGCGAGUGGAGUUCCUGUAGCCGAACCUGCAGUUCUGGGAUCAGCAGCCGGGAGCGCAAAUGUCCUGGGCUAGGUUCUGAAGCAAGGGAUUGUAAUGGUCCCAGAAAACAAUACAGAAUAUGUGAGAAUCCACCUUGUCCUGCAGGUUUGCCUGGAUUCAGAGACUGGCAAUGUCAGGCCUAUAGUGUUAGAACUUCGUACCCAAAGCAUGCUCUUCAGUGGCAAGCUGUCUUGGAUGAAGAAAAACCAUGUGCCUUGUUUUGCUCUCCUGUUGGAAAGGAACAGCCUGUUCUUCUGUCAGAAAAAGUGAUGGAUGGAACUUCUUGUGGAUAUCAAGGAUUAGAUAUAUGUGCAAAUGGAAGAUGCCAGAAAGUUGGUUGUGAUGGCUUAUUAGGGUCUCUUGCAAGGGAAGACCACUGUGGAGUGUGCAACGGCAAUGGAAAAUCAUGCAAAGUCAUUAAGGGGGAUUUUAAUCACACCAGAGGAGCAGGUUAUGUAGAAGUGCUGGUGAUACCUGCUGGAGCAAGAAGAAUCAAAGUUGUGGAGGAAAAGCCUGCACAUAGCUAUUUAGGUAACCUGUGUUACAGACACAGAGACGAUGGAAAGCAGGAGCCCACCUCCCUGUCCUGA